UUCUGUAACAAGGGGAAGAGCACUCGCUUUACUGUACGCUUAGUUUUACCCAUUGUAAAAAAUUUUCUAGUCACGCGCGAUUCUUGAAUCAUUUAGGAGUGUAUUUGAAUAAUUAAAGAAUAUUUAUUUUAAAAAAAAUUAAAAAUGGACGUACGUUAUGAUAUCUCGUAACAAAAUUCAACAAUUCGUUUUUAGCACAUUUGGAAAAAUAUUUCUUUUGAAAGUUUGGAUAAUAAUAAAAUAGCACAAAUAGUGAAUUAACAUCAUAUGAAUAGGCCUAGGCUAUAUCAGGUGUGCAUAUGAUGAAAUAGAAUAUACAGUGAAUAGGAUAUUUCUUUUUAUAUUUAGAUUAAAGUUGUGCAUUGAAUAUACGAAAAUACUCAUAAGGAGGUUUCUGUUCUCUGAUUAUCUCCCUUGGUUUCUUACGUUUCUCUAGGAUUGUCGCCUGCCAAUAUUACAUUUGUGAACAAUAUCACGUGACCUGUGGCAUAAUUAAACAGGCAGGUGUUCGGAAGUUAACCGAGCAAGGAGCAUCUCUGUAAAACAAAAAGUAUACACUGAAGAUUUAGGAACACCCAUGAUUGCAGUUGAAAUCUUCUAUACUAUGGAUGUAGUCAUCUUCUUAGAGAAGUGUUGGUUUUUCCCUACAAAUAUUGGAUAUUUCACGAUAAACUAAACAAUGUCAAGGACACUAAAGUGUUUGUUUAGCAACUAAAUAAAAAAAGGAAUUGAACUAGAAUUUUUAACAAUAUCUUAAUGCGUGGCAGUCGAUCUUUCGUGUCGAAUCGCUUUUUCGCUAUCUUGUCGACCUUUUGAUUUUAAAUAAAAGUUUAUAGAGUGAAAGUUCCCAAUUGCAACUGUUUUAUGCUAAUAAGGAAAAGCUUAGACAAUUUGAUUCUACAGUGUUCAAAGUGCAAAACCUUUUCGAAACAUAUAGCGGGUAACUCUAUAUUUUGCAUUGUACGCCGGAUACACCAGAAAGCUAGCUAUAAAUAGGUUUCCGCCAUGAAGAAAAUCAUUCUUGUUGUCAUCUAUGUGAAACGAUGUCAUUUAAUUUCAGUAAUUACUUACAACUGACUGAAUGAUGGUCAGUCUUAACUUGUGUAAUUGUGAUUCUUUACCUGGAAGGUUGAUUACCUACUUCUAAACGUGUCAGUUUAAUCAAGCGCACCGCCCCGUUAACGGAAGCUCUGCCACGCUUCUGCUUUUAGAUGCCUGACUACAUGGCGCUGGAUUUGAUAGGUGAAAUGUUUACCAAACAUCACAGCUCAGACAGAGGCGGCGCUUCACUAAAUGGGAUUCGAAAAAAUCAACGAAGAUAUUGAGAUUAUCUUCAGUUUGUGAACACAUUUUCAGAUUUCGUUGAGGAAUUAUUAGCUAAAUUAUUAUCUUCUAUCUACUCUAGUAAUAAAAUCUCGCACAUAAAAAAAAUAUGGUUACAAUUUCUUGUUCUUUAAAAAAAGGCUUUUCUUUUACCAAUCCAUUCAAAUUAUUUCCUGAUGUGAAAGGGAAGUUAUUCUCAGUUCAUUGUGCAAGACUUUCAGAUUGAAAAGUAUGGAAACACAUUUGCGUAAUGUUUUCUCUUUGCUAUUUAAUAUAAAAGAACAUACUUGUAUGAGACAGUCAGUGAUUUCUAGCCUAUUCGCAGAGGACACAGUAUACCCAUGUGCCUAGAUUUUUUUCCUUUCUGUGGUUUUUGCAGUAUUAAAUAGUUUCUGUUCUUCUUAUUAAGUCUAUUUAAAAAGUUUGAUUCGUAUUAUGUAAUGGUGAUACAUCGGUGCAAUAAAAAGUGUGAAUUUCGUAACCUGAAAUGUAACGAAACAAUGCGUGGAGACCAAUGCUCUACAAUCUAACAGACAGAACUCUUAUGGUUAUGGACAGCGUUGGACUGUCUAAAAAUGUGACCAAUGAGAGCCAAGUUAUUAAUGUCCGGGACUGGAAAACCUUGUAUUUUGUUUUAACUCACCUUGCCCCAUUCUCUUUGGCUGUGGACCGCUACGUCACUCCCAUUUGGUGCGUCAUUGGUAUCCUUGGUAACCUGGUUUCUGCACGUAUCUGGACACUAAGAAGAAUGAGAAAGUGCAACAGUUCUGCAGCCUAUCUGGCAUCUCUGGCAGUCUCAGAUUUAAUUUUCCUUAUUUUGAUUAUAGGUAACGACUUGGAGUAUCCAUGGUUAAUUGGUGCUUUGGAUCUACAGGGCUGGUGUCAGAUUUGGAAUGUCCUCUCGAUGUCAGCGCAGUAUACAUCACUGCUUCUUGUCUUUGCCUUCACGGUGGAGCGCUUCAUCUCCGUCUGUAGACCGUUCUCUUGCGAGAAGUUUUCCAAGACCUCGCGGUCCUCCAAGAUCAUCAGCGCCAUCGUGUGCGUCUCCUUCCUUCUGGCGUCACCCCAGGCUGUCUUCUGGAACAUCAACCCCGCCACGGGGGAGUGCACCAUCUGGGCUUCGGACAGCAUCAACACGAUCUACGUCAUAUGGAACUGGACCUCCGAGCUGGUCAUGUUUGGGGUCAUCCCCAUCCUCGCCUUCAUCUUGAACGUGUGCGUCCUGCGGCAGAUCCGAACUGUCGGGAGGCUCUACGUGACCAGCGAGACACUGCACCGGCACGUGGGGGCCCGCUGCACCUCCACGACGGCGACGCUCAUGUGGAUUAGCUUUUAUCUCAUCUUCAGCAAGCUGCCAGUGACUAUCGUGUACACCAUGGAGCCCAUCGUCCAGUUCGGUGACCCGAUGACCAUCGAACAGAUGGCCGAGGACCCGGUGUGGCGAAACUACCUUUCGUACUACACCAUACGCAAGGUUAUCGUCGAGCUGGGCACCUCCCACCACGUCUGCAACGUUUUUAUUUAUGCAUCCACCAGUAAACAAUUCCGCAACCACCUCAAAUUUUUCCUGGUGAAGUUUUUCUGCUGCAAGGUGAACUCCCCUAAAAAUUCACCAUCCCAACCGGUGAGAUCUAGACAACCUUGGAUACAUCCCAAGGCGUAAAAAACUUCUUCCGCAAAAAUAUAGUCUGUAUAUACCAGAAGAGAGGUGCGGUGGCAGAGUGGUAAAAGCGCUUGGCUUCCGAACCGGGUGUCCUGGAUUCGAAUCUUGGUGAUGACUGGAAUUCUGAAUUUCGGGGAACUUUACUUUAUAUACCAAAAGGGAUUUAAUCACAAUUCUAACCUAAAGCCAUGGAUACUAUAUGGAUGAUGUGUAUGCAUGAAUGACUGCGUUGCAAGCGACUUCGUGUAAAUUAUAGGUUUUCAUUUAUAUUAGAUUACAUGUGCUCCGCGAGUCUGAUCGAACUUUUGCAGGGAGGUAACUUUGUGUAAUGUAUUUCAUGAAUUGCUUUAUAUAUAUAUAUAAAGAUAUAAUAGUUACCUUUCUUGUUUCGACAAUAAACUGUGUGAUUUGAAAUUGUUCCGACAUACACUAUUUUCUUUAUUUAAUAGUAAUGGCAUCUGUGUACUACAAGAGCGACAGACAGACAGUCAGAAAACGAGAUUAUAUACAGUCGUCAAUGACAUGUAAAUCUUAUAUUGUAUGUGCAAGUAUGAAAGUGAUAGAGCAAAAAAAAGUUAAGGGAGGGGGUCAGAGUGGUAUGCCCUUGGCAUUUUACGUUUCGAAGGAAGAUAUUUUCUCUUUGCAGACGACAGAGCUCAAUCCUUGACACACAUCAACAGUCACGUGUUAUUUGUCAUCACCUGACGCUGCAGCGGAGAGGCUUGCAAAAUCACUAAAUAUUCGAAGCAAAAUAUAUACAAGUGGGUGGGAGAGAGUUGGCUGAGAAUCACCUAUGUCUCCCGAUAUCAAUGCAACUCAUCCUCAGCUUCAGGGGCGGACUGUGUGUCAAAAUCGGCCCAGACAUUUCUUUUCCAUCCUGAUCAUAACUUCUGGACAUCCCAUAGUAGUUCUAUAAUAAUAAUUAAUACAAAUUUUAUUUAUAAAGCGCUGUUAACAAACAAAAUGUAGGCUCAAGGCGCUGUAAUAACAUCACAAACACAGACAGUGGUAUAGCAUGUUGUCUGUCUGAGAUCAAUGGGGAGUGAGUUCCAAACCUUUGGCCCGUGCACUGAAAAAGCCCGCAGACCGUAGCUUUUGAGGGAGAAACGUGGCACCACUAAAAGCGUUGAGUCCAUUGAGCGCAGGGCUCUCUGGGGGACAUAUGGAGUAAUCCGUUCUCUAAGGUACAGGGGCAUCUCAUUGUUAUAUAUACACUGAUGACAAAGUGUGUCUAUCUGUCUUCAAAAUCAAUAUGUUAAGUUUGAUAAUAUAUCGAUAACUGUACACAUAAGAAAAAUAAGCUUUAUAUUGCUUUUAAUCGCGA